AUGCCUGCGUCCACUUCUCCAACCAUAAACGCUUCAAAUGGAGAUUCAGCGAUGACACCGAUAGCUCACAGCCGAAGGAAAUCCGGUGCGGAUAACAAGCAGGUAACGUACGCAUCGAUUGCAUCGACAAACACACCGGGAGCGACACACAUAAGUUCAUCUUCAGUACCGAGCACGCGUGGCGCAAAUCAGCUUUCACUGUCAACUCCAGCGGUGCUCUCUAAACCGCCUGAAUUGCGGGCAAAAAUUAUAAAGCCAACACUCGGUAGACAAAACCAAGCUGCGCUAACUCUCGUGUGCACCAAUGUUCCUGAAUCCAAAUCUGGCACAAUAAAAGGCAAGUUGCAAGACGAUCGCAACCAGUGGAGUUCCAUCUGCGAGGCGAUUGGCAUUCGGGUUGAGCCUGCAAUGCUGCAACGCGUAGCACGUCACCCGACCUCAGUGCACUCUGGUGAACCUCGAAUUCUUAGAGUAACACUAAACUCAGCAGAUGAGAGAGAGACUGUCCUGCUCUCAGCAGUUCGUCUUAGCAACUCACCGAGCGGAGUGCGCAUAUUACCUGAUCUAGCUUGGAAAGACCGCGCAAAAGAAGCAGUGGAGCAACGCUCUGUUGCUACUAGAAAUAGCAAGAAACUAAUAUUAGCUAACGGUAUUACCGAGCUCCUGCAUGCUUUUGAUCACGAUGCACAAACACAUGACCGAGAGCAGUGGUGCUACAUCCGCCGACACCUGGGCUGCAUACGUGACACAUCGUAA